UUGCCCAUCACUGUCAGAUCAUAUGUGACAUGACCUGUGUCUGAGUGCUGCUGCUUCAAGAAGUGGCUACAACAGUGACUUUAUAUUUGUGAAGAAAUCCAGAAAGACUGAAAAAUGAAGUGAGCUGAUAACUUGGGUGUCCAGGUGUUACAACCGAAAAAAGUGAUGAGUGAAAGCAGUGAUGUGGAAUCACCGUGAAAUGAAUGGAACAGAGUAGCAUACAGAUGACAGUCAACGAGGAGAUCGACCUCCAGUGUGUUUUAGUAUCGCUCUCCAUUUCUAUGGGCUUGCUCUAAAGAAAUUGUACAGCUAGAUCAGACACUUGAGGAAUGUAGGGACGAGUUAUGACUGUAAGUCUGUGAUUCAUGGAUACAGACCCUGGUGUUAUUUGUUUUCAACACUGUGAUUCUAAAGUAUUUUGUUUCAAAUUACCAGAAAAAUGUCCUGUGUGUCAAAGUCCUAUGGCAAAUACUGUACUUCCUCUUCCUCCAUUCAGGAUUCCAUACCCAUUUGUGCGUGCAUCACAGCAUUCAUGUUGCAUAGUUAUGAAACCUACAAAUGGAGAUUUCCUCAAUGAUUACUUGAAUUCUAAAGACCUUCAUAUAGGAGUCACUUCAUCUAAGGGGUUAGUGGUAGAAUAUGACAAAAAUGGGUUGCAGUAUGACAAAGCGAGCUUGUGGAAACAGUGCUUAAUAGUAGAUGGUGCUGAUGAGUCUUGGAGUGAAAUAUGGGAUAACACUUUAAGACAUGUGUCCAGUCUAACUUGCUGGUCUUCUGAAAGGUACAAUGAAGAAAAUUUCAACUGUUACAAUUUUGUUUUGAAAUUUUUGCAAGAGCUGAGGUAUGGAGCCCUCAGUGCAGCCGCUGUCAGUAGAACAAGAUUUUGUGAAAGUUACAUUGUGCCUCAAACUACAACAGCAGGAAAGUACAUUUCUUUGUACCGAAAACUGAAAAAAAGUGGCUGUGUUAUUCACAGAAUAUCUUCAAAACACACUGCCUGUAACACACUUAAAUAGGGUGUGUUUGUAAAUGUUUCAGUAUUUUUGUUUUAUCAUCUAAAUGUAUAUUUUUGAAAUAAAAUUUACUAUUCCUAACAAA